AGUCGGUUGAGUCGCUGCGUUUGGUCAGUUGCACCUUCUGGGUCACUGGUAGCCGCAGGAGCCGGGUGGAGCCUAGGCGAUGAUCCGGCAUUAAGGAGCUGGGGUCAUCCUCCGUCUCAGGUGGUUUGGGGAAAGUGUAGGGGCAGCCAAAGAUCAUCUGCUUGACUAGGCCCUUUGCCCUGAACCUCAUGAAGAAAUGAUAGGAGGCAGACAUAUGUGCCUAAAAAGAGCGUCGAGCUCAGAGAAGAGCAACUCGGAGUUUUGGGGGUGUGCUUUGAUUUGUGUAUAUCAAUGGCAGAAUCAUCCAGCGAAUCAGAUCACUUCCGCUGUCGUGACCGAUUGAGUCCAUGGGCUGCCAGAUCAACUCACAGGGGAACUCGAAGUCUUCCUACAGUAGAAGUUACCGAGAAGGUCAACACUAUAACAAGUACUUUACAGGAUACCAGUCGGAACCUGCGACAAGUGGACCAGAUGCUUGGACGAUACCGAGAAUACAGUAAUGGACAGGCGGGUGCGAUAGAACAUUUAAAAGAAAGCUUGGAACAAUCAAUCGACCAACUCCGGAGUCAACGUUUAUUGAGAAACUCAGGAGGGAGAAGUAUUUCUGUUACAAGUUUGAGUGCAAGUGACCUUGAUGGUGGCACUGGGCCAGAGAUCCAUCGUUUUCCACCUACCUCACCUCUCAAGGACUAUGGGGAUCCACAGGGUAUUAAACGAAUGAGAUCAAGAACUGGUGUCCGGUUUGUUCAAGAGACUGAUGAUAUGACUCAGCUUCAUGGUUUUCAUCAGUCUCUUCGAGACCUCAGCAGUGAACAAAUUCGCCUUGGAGAUGAUUUCAACAGGGAGCUUUCCAGGAGGAGCCGGUCGGAUGCCGAAACAAAAAGGGCUUUGGAAGAAUUGACUGAAAAGCUUAAUGAAGCCCAGAAACAAGAAGUGGUUUCAGAUCGGGUGGAGCGGCGGCUUCAGGAACUAGAGAGAGAGAUGCGCACAGAAAGGGAGCUGGUGGAAAGACGCCAGGAUCAACUGGGACUCAUGUCCCUGCAGCUACAGGAGGCACUAAAGAAGCAAGAAGCUAAAGCAGAUGAGCAUGAGGGGACAAUAAAAAAUAAGCUAAGACAAACUGAAACUGAGAAGAAUCAACUUGAACAGGAAUUGGAGCUAUCUCGAAGGUUAUUGAAUCAAUCAGAAGGCAGCCGAGAAACACUUUUGCAUCAGGUAGAAGAACUGCGUACACAACUUACGAAAGCAGAGGGUGAUCGAAAGGGUUUACAGCAUCAAGUAUCUCAGAUUUCCAAGCAACAGUCAAACUAUCAGGAUGAACAAGGGGAGGACUGGAGGUUUAGGAGAGGGGCUGAGCGGGAAAAACAGGACCUGGAGAAGCAAAUGUCAGAUUUGAGAGUGCAGCUGAACUUCAGUGCAAUGGCAUCUGAGUUAGAGGAAGUGAAACGGUGCAUGGAGAGAAAAGACAAGGAGAAAGCACAUUUGGCAUCACAAGUAGAGAUUGUAUCAUAUCUAUUGAUUAUCUUUGAGUUUGUGGAUUCUUUCUUCUGCCAACUCAAAUUUCACUUUUGGGGCUUUCCAAAUUUAACACGUGAACUGGAGAAUGGGGAAAAACAGCAACUGCAGAUGUUGGAUCGACUUAAGGAGAUCCAGAAUCACUUUGACACAUGUGAGGCCGAGCGUAAACAUGCUGACCUUCAGAUCUCAGAGCUGACUCGCCAUGCGGAGGAUGCAACCAAGCAGGCUGAGCAGUACCUCAGUGAGCUCCAGCAGUCAGAGGCUCUGAAAGAGGAGGCGGAGAAGAGGAGGGAAGACCUGAAACUGAAAGCUCAAGAAUCCAUUAGGCAGUGGAAGCUUAAACAUAAGAAGUUAGAGCGAGCGUUGGAGAAACAAUCUGAAACUGUUGAUGAACUGACAGGCAAGAAUAAUCAGAUUUUAAAAGAAAAGGAUGAAUUGAAAACCCAGCUGUACGCAGCAUUACAACAAAUAGAGAAUCUUCGAAAGGAAUUGAAUGAUGUCCUAACAAAGCGUGCCCUUCAGGAGGAGGAGCUUCACUCCAAGGAGGAGAAAUUAUGUGAUAUUAAGUCUCAUCAAGCUGACCUUGAAUUGGAAGUUAAGAAUUCCCUGGAUACCAUCCACAGACUGGAAAGCGAAUUGAAAAAGCAGAGUAAGAUCCAAAGCCAGAUGAAAGUUGAGAAAGCUCACUUGGAGGAAGAAAUUGCAGAGCUCAAGAAGAGCGAGGCCCAGGACAAAGCUAAACUUCUUGAGAUGCAAGAGUCCAUCAAGGACCUGAGUGCCAUCCGAGCAGAUCUUGCUAAUAAAUUGGCCGAGGAAGAGAGAGCCAAGAAAGCAGUGCUUAAGGACCUUUCUGACCUCACUGCACAGGCAAAAUCCAGGGAUGAAGAAACAGCUACAAUCAUCACACAGUUAAAGCUGGAACGAGAUGUGCACCAGAGGGAGCUGAAAGAUCUCACAUCAUCAUUGCAGAGUGUGAAAACAAAACAUGAACAGAAUAUCCAAGAGCUUAUGAAGCACUUUAAGAAAGAAAAGAAUGAGGCUGAGAAUCAUAUCAGGACUCUGAAGGCUGAAAGUUUAGAAGAGAAGAAUAUGGCUAAAGUUCAUCGUGGUCAGCUGGAGAAGUUGAAAUCACAGUGUGACAGGCUGACAGAGGAAUUAACCCAGAAUGAAAAUGAGAACAAAAAACUGAAGCUAAAAUAUCAAUAUUUGAAGGAUCAACUAGAAGAAAGGGAAAAACAUAUAAGCAUUGAAGAGGAGCACUUAAGGAGGAUCGAAGAGGCCAGAUUGCAGCUCAAGGAUCAACUUCUUUGCUUGGAGACUGAACAGGAAUCCAUUCUUGGUGUGAUAGGAAAGGAAAUUGAUGCAGCUUGUAAAACAUUCUCCAAGGACUCGAUGGAGAAAUUAAAAGUUUUUUCAUCUGAUCCUGAUAUACAUUAUGACCCACAUCGCUGGUUAGCAGAAAGCAAGACUAAACUUCAGUGGCUCUGUGAGGAACUGAAAGAGAGAGAAAACAGAGAGAAAAAUCUGCGACACCAGCUGAUGCUCUGCAGACAACAACUCAGGAAUUUGACUGAAAACAAGGAAUCUGAGCUGCAGUGUCUCUUCCAACAGAUAGAAAGGCAGGAGCAGCUUCUGGAUGAAAUACAUCGUGAGAAGAGAGAUCUACUCGAAGAGACCCAAAGAAAAGAUGAAGAAAUGGGAUCUUUGCAGGACCGUGUAAUUGCAUUAGAAACGAGUACCCGAGUGGCCCUGGACCAUCUGGAGUCUGUGCCUGAGAAACUGAGCCUACUAGAAGAUUUCAAAGACUUCAGAGAUUCCUGCAGUUCAUCUGACAGAACUGAUGGAAGAUAUUCUAAAUACAGGGUUCGCAGAAAUUCUCUUCAGCAUCACCAAGAUGACACCAAGUACAGAACCAAAAGUUUCAAAGGUGACAGAACCUUUCUGGAAGGUUCCCACACUCAUGGGUUAGAUCACUCAUCAUCUUGGCAGGAUCACAGUCGCUUCCUGUCUAGUCCAAGAUUUUCAUACAUGAACUCAUUUACCAAAAGAACUGUUGCUCCAGAUUCAGCUUCAAACAAGGAAGAUGGCACAAUGAAUGGAACAAGUUCACAACCCAAAAAAGAGGAAUAUGAGAGCUAAAAAAGCAAAUAGGGUGUUUUAAAUAGCGUUUCCAGGAAAGGAAGGCUGGAAGGCUGCUGUCAACCACACUACACUGCUUAAAUCUCGUGGAGCCUUGAUGGUGCAUCAGGUUUUGCUAUGCCUAUCUUCUCUGUAACCCAAGAGAGGGAACAAAGAGCAGCCAGGUGGGGUUAGAUGCUGGGGGCUUAAGCAAUAACUGACUCCAUUUUCUGUUUCUACACUCCAGCCAGUGCCAAGUGAUUUUUUAAAAAUUUAAGUACUUUUCUGCCCUAUCAAAUACAGGGUACACUCUACCGAAAGAAUGCUCUGCUAGUAAAAAGUGUUUUUUGAUUCAAGUAGAAGAAAGGGGGGAAAAAACCACAGGUGUCAGAUGAAGCUGAAGGGAAGUGUCCAGGAAGAGAGAGAGGAAUGGGGAGCUUUUCUUUUGAGUGUCCUAUUAAAAUGUGUGAGUGGAAGUUGGGGGUGGAUUUCAUGAGUAAAUGUGGAAUUUUGCCACCAAAUUCUUUCCUCCAGAGCUAAUAUUCUCAUGGGAUAUUAAUAUUAAUACAAGGAAAAAGGCCCUGGGUGAAGAAAAAUUAUUUUCCCCUUCAGGGGCAGAGUUCUCUCAGGAUGACAGUGAGGUUAAAGAGUUCCAGAAAGUGCUAGUAGAACUUUAAGCACGCUAUCAUUAAUAGACAGAAAAACAGACUACAACCUACUGGAUUCAUUUUGGAAAGUAGAAAAAAGGAACCUGGUAAAAUCAGCCAAAGCAAGGACCUUUCCCCCUACUUAGAACUCACUAAGCUUUCCAUGGUGUGUGGGCCUUUUAGUUCUACUCAUUAUUCAGGCCUAAUUCAGGUCAUCAGAAUAGAAAUGCAUGGGACAGGUGACUGACAUGACUGCAUCUUGGUUUAGAUAUAUAGAUAACACGGCGAGGUGCUUUACAUUUUACGAAUUUGAUCAUAAUUCUUUUAUUUAUGGUUUCUCUGAAUCAUUCUUCUGGAACAUUCUAAAAGAGCCAGAGGAAAAAAAUGGAAGUUUUUCUCAAGCGACUUGACUUAGUGGAUAGCUAAAUGUCCAGUUUCAAAAGCUUAUCCUUUUGAAAUACUUUUAUACUUAUAAAAGUCCAAAGAAACCUUAAUAUGGGCCACAUGACUAUAAUGUAAUUUUUCCAAGGUAGGAAAGGCAAUAAUACUGUAGUAUUAGAAUAUAUGGAUUUUCAUAAGAGCAGCUGUUGUUUCACUAAGGUUUACAUUAUUUUAGGUCCUAGUUUUCUGUUUGGAGGUGUGUGAAUGAGUUCCUUGGUUAAUUUAUUCCCAUUCUCUAUAUUUCUGAUUCUUAAUUGUAUGAUGUGGUUUAUAUUCAUUGUUUUGACGUGAUAGGAAUGCCAACAAUGUGCCUUUGGUUUUCUUAUGCUUAAAAAAUAAAAAAAAAAUAAACAUUAAAUGUAAAAUCA